AUGCGGUGUUCACCGCCAGUAAUCCUUUCCACAUACGCACACCAUCGGUUGGAACGAGGCUCGAACAGAAAAGAAAAGAAAAAUCGUAAACGCAAACUAGGGCUCCACCAAUCGUUCAGUCGUUGUCGCACGUCCACCAUCGCCGGCCACCUGCGGCCUCCUCCAUCCGUCGUCGACCACCUGCAACAUCCUCCACCCUUCGCUCCAUUCAAGAUGAAUUCUAUAAUAGACAUGAUUGACAAUGAGAAUUUUUCUAUAAUCUCUCAAGCUGUUGUUGUGACUGAUUUGAUAAAUAUAGACAAUGAAGUUGAGUUAAAUGAAAUAUUGGAAGAUGGAAUUGGAGAUAAUGAUGAUGAAGAAGCAUCUUUUGACAAUAAUGUUGAAGUACCUUCAACUUGUACUGAUAUGGAAGGAACAAAUUUGACUAGUGAUGACAAUUGGAUUGUGACACAAUCAAUGAGUAAGAAUGAUUUUACGCGAGAGUUGGGAAAAGAUUCUUUCAAGAAUAAAGAGGAACUUGUUAGAGCAAUCAAGAUCCAUAUCAUCGGGACACAUAGACAAUUUGAGGUCAUUGAGUCACACCCAACUAUUUGGACACUAAGAUACAAGUUGUACUUACAAUCUGGUUGCAAAUGGAAACUUCAUGCAAAACAUGAAUCUUAUGAUACUUGGGAUUGGUUUCUUUCUCAUGUCAAGAAUCAUGUGGUGAAAGACCGUGAAGGCAUAUGUCUAAUAUUUGAUCGUCAUGGCGGAAUUCUUAAGGCUAUCAAUGAGCAUGGAUCUCCAUGGUUAGAGCCACGUGGCUUUCAUAGGUAUUGUUUACGACAUUUCAUCAACAACUUUUAUGACAAGUUUCGUAAUUCAGAAAUGGAAGCUUUAGCUUAUCGUGUCGGGAGUCAGAAUCAAAUUCGAAAGUUCAACUCCAUCAUGGAAGAAAUUGGGAAAUUAAAUCCACGUGCUCGACAAUGGUUGGAGAGUCAUCCACUUAAUAGAUGGACACUUGCACAUGAUGGUGGAAGGAGAUAUGGGUUGCUCACAACAAAUUUGUCAGAGAUUUUCAACAGUGUACUUAAAGGAUCUAGUUCUCAAGCUAAUGGAGAUGCAUAUACUCCAUAUGUUGUUGUAAAACAAGUAGCUUUGAUGGCAAAAGCAAGUGCACAUUCCUUAAGAUCUUUUAACCAAGAAAAAGGAAGCCGCAACAGUUAUCAGAAAACAGCGAUCGAUUCUCUUCUUCACCUUCACUUGAUUUACGAUGCCAUCUACAUCAAAAUCAAAAUCAAAUCGAGGAAAACCCAAGAAUUUCAAGUUCGUUCCAAAACCAAAGCAACAAUGGCAGUUGGUGUUCAUGACAUUCUUGAGAAUGCCCAGAAAGUUUGCACUACUUGGCGUAAUAUCUGCAAGGACCCUGCCAUGUGGAGGGUCAUUUAUAUGGAAAAUAUUUACACGGAUCCAAAUGCAAGACCUCGCCUACGGGAAAUGUGUAAGAAUGCUGUGGAUCGAAGCCAGGGCCAAUUGGUUGAUAUCACCAUGGUGAAUUUUACAGAUGAUGAGCUUCUUGAGUAUGUUGCUGAUAGAUCAAGUCGGCUUAAACGUCUUGAAAUUGCAUGUUGCUAUGGUGAAAUUUAUGGAAGCUUUAACGAAGCUUUGAAGAAGUUUCCAUUAUUAGAGGAACUCAGUCUCCACGCAACUAAUAUCUCAGAAGAAUCUAUUGCAACUGCAGGGCGUUGUUGCCCUAUGCUAAGAACACUGAAAAUAAAUCAAGAAGCAGAUAGGUAUUGGUAUGGGUAUGAUGGUGAUGAGGGGUUAAACAUUCUCAAUGAGAUACCCAUAUAUAUUGGAGAGAACUUACAUGAGUUAAGGCACCUUGAACUUAUUGGAAUGAACAUCUCGAAUUAUGAGUUGAAAGUGAUUUUGGAUGGUUGUUGUCAUCUUGAAUCACUUGACUUGCGUCAAUGCUUGUACGUUAAUCUUGAGGGAGAAUUUGGGAAAAAAUUAUCAGAAAAGAUUAAAUGUUUGAAAUUGCCCAAUGAUAGUGUUGAAGGAUGUCCUUAUAUUUAUAAAAAUGGUGUGAACUUUAGUACUGAGCCUAGAGGCUCUGACUAUGAUGACUCUGAUUAUGAUGAUUCUGAAGUCUGUUAUCAUUGCGAAGUCUAUGAUGAUUCCGAUGAUUUCACAGUUCAUCAUGCUUUUGGAGUCUAUGCUGAUGAUGAUGAUUUGAAUGACAUUGAGGACUUGGAGUUGCUACUUUUAUGACUGUUUGGAAAAUCUCUUUGACAUAAAGGUGUAGCUGUUGCCUUUGGGAAUGACGUUUAGGCUCUGUUUAUACACCUCCAAAUAAGCGUUCAUCAUUUCCAUUUUUUUUUCUUUUGGCUAAAACUUAGGUGAAGACUAAAGAAUUUAUGUUGGUUUGUUGAUUAAUAUGGUAUCUCAUCUUAAUUAUUUCAUUUCAAUGUGUACCAUUGGUUGACCUCCAUUGCUUGGGUAUUGUUA